AUGGAGGAGAGAAAUGCAGAUGGAGAAGACUUUGCUACAGUCAUCCAUGACCUUCAUGAGAAGGUGAAGAUAAAUAUAGAAGAGAACAAUCAGCACUACAAGCAAUAUGCUGAUAAAAAGCGGAGAGAAUUGCAUUUUCAGGGGGGUGAUCCUAUGUUAGCUCACCUUAGGAAGGAGAGGUUUCCAAAAGGUGAAUACAAUAAACUAAAAAUGAAGAAGGUGGGUCCCUGUAAAAUUCUCAGAAGAUUUUCAGCAAAUGCCUAUGAAAUAGCCCUUCCUUCAGACUUGGGCAUUUCACCUAUCUUCAAUGUGGCGGACUUAUACCUUUACAAAGGAGAUGGGGAAGCGGAUACAACAAUGGCAGAGUUACCAAUCUACACAGAACAACAAGGAACUACACCAAAUCCGCUGGAGAUAGAAUGCAUUCUAGAUCAAUUGUUGUUGAAGACGACCCGGAGACAAGAAUACUUCACGUAUCUGGUAAAGUGGCUCAAUCACCCAUUAGAGGAUGCUUCUUGGCUUACUGAACCAAAGCUUAUCAAGUUGGAUCAUUCAGGGACUGAAUCAUGA